AUGCCUCCCACGAUCCAUCUCGUCCGCCACGCCCAGGGCUUCCACAACCUCUGCGUGGAAAACGAAUCCCUCCGCGACCCGGACCUGACUGCCCUCGGCGAGCAGCAGUGCGCCGACCUGCGCUCCGCAUUUCCCUCGCACGCCAGGCUCACCGGGCUCGUGGCCUCGCCGCUCCGGAGGACCAUUCAGACGUGCGACUUGGCCUUUGGGGGCGCCGACAAGCUCUACCCCAUCGUGCUGCUCGACACGCUGCAGGAGGUCUCUGGCGCGCCGUGCGACACGGGGUCCAGCAAGGCCGCGCUGCGUGCAGAGUUCGGCGACAAGAUCGAUCUGCAGCGCGUGCGGGACUCGUGGACGGAAAAGGGCGAGGGGAGUGCGUUUGAGCCGACCAUGGAGGCGCUCAUGGCGAGGGCCAAGACGGCGAGGAGGGCGCUGAGGGAGAUGGCGGGCGAUGGGGACGACGAGAUUGCCGUGGUGAGCCAUGGCGGGUUUCUGCACUUUUUGACGGAUGAUUGGGAUGGCGUGCCCCUCGAUCAAGGUUCCCUAGCCACUGCGUGGACAAAUUGCAUGUGUCGUUCGUACCAAUUUGCCGAGUCACCGGAUGACAAGGACGACGUCAGACUCGUUGAGACAAAGGAGAGCUGGGCUCGGAGACAGCCUGCGUCGAGACAGCCGCUUACUGCGACGGAGCAGAGGGAGAUUCGGGCCAUUGUCCAGAAGCGACUGCUGCCGUAUCUGAAGAUCAAGGCAUGA